CAUAUGAGGUGCACUUCCUACGUGCUCGUGCGGAAUGGACCGAACUUGAGCCAGUGGGAAUAAAUUACAGAAGUGAGUUACCACAAGAACCUUGAAAUUGGAAAUAGGUGAUCACUGGUUUAAAAAUUGUAAAGUUCAGUGUCCAUAUUGCGUGAUAUUUUGAGAAGAGGAUUUUAAAACUGUUUUCAAAGUGACUAUUUACGAAAUAAAUAGCGGUAAACAGUACACAAAAAUGUCACCGAGCGGGGCAGUUUAUCAGCCCACGACGGUUACUUAUGAAGCCAACGCAUCGCCGCAAGAAAGAUGGUCCGACAGACCUAUAAGCUACUUAACAUCAUUCACCAGGACAUCUGGUAACCCCUGUGGUUUGACGUGUGCCCCCAUACAUGAUAACAUCCCUACGCUAUUCCUAGGAGCAGGGGCUAUAUGUGCGGUAAUCGGUCUCAUACUUCUAAUCAACGGUGCCAUUUUCUACUCAGAUCCACAGACUAUCGGCGAAGGCUUCUACUUAACCUGCACGAUACUGGGUGCACUCAUCUUUUGCGUGGGCGUCUUUCUCUUCGGAAUGUUUCUUCGUCAGUCACGAAGAUUGUGCUGCCGUACGGGUAAAGACCCGCUCGAUCCCGUUACCGGCCAAGCUCUCACAGUCAAUCCGUCCACCGAUCUACUGGUAGCGGCGCAGUACGCUCCCGUCUCUGAAGUCGCCUAUCAACCUCCAUCCGAAGACACCGAACAAAGUAAACUGAUGCCGCAAGAGCACAAAGACGAAGAUACCGACCGAAUGAUCGAGAGGGACCCGCGGAUCGUGCUCAGUCCGCUGAAUCCGACGACGCACGAGGACACCUAAGCGCCGAAGACCACUCGAACAGAAAAAUCUCUAUUUUUUUCAUUGACUGUGUAAAGUUUAAUGCUUCCAAUGUUAGUGUAAGACGGAACGGUAUUAGGUGCUUGCGAAACUGAGCUAGACAUCGAAUUGAUGUUUUAACAUUCCAUUUUUUAAUUUAGUUGGUUUUCUUCUAUUACAUAGAAGAAUAAUUUUAACUAGCGUUGCACCCUUUUUUUUCGCUUAAACGUGCAUGGUUGGUGAUCAGUUUGAAUCUCAUUGAAACAAUUGACUUAAUUGCAAGACUGUUCUUUUUUCCUUAAUUUAUUAUAAACAAUUUGUAGUUAGGAUCACUUUGUAUUUUAGUAUCGAGAAUCUCCGCAUUUUUCGGUAUUGUGCACACGUACACAACAUUCCAAAAUAGGGGAGGAUAUUUUAAGUAAUUCCAUCCAAAUGUGCAUAAGUAUUAAGUAAAAGUCUGCACUGAAUUGACACACUUUACAAAUUGGCGUUAUUGCACCGUUUUGUAAAAUUAUAGAUUAGUUUUUUUAUACAAACUUUAGGGAUUCCAAACAAAAUUCGAUGUAGUCUUAAACUCACUGUGUUAGUUAUACUAAGCACGUCUUAGUAGUUGUAUGUUCUAAGUUAAAAUAAAGUUGAGUUCCCAUAA